AUGGAGCCUCGCAAGACUAUUGUCGCCCUUUACGACGACAAAACAAUCACAGUCUACCAGGCUUGCAACGACGAGAUUGCUGACGCCGCCGUAGCGACUCAGAAACUCUCCGCUUCACCCAAGUUCAAGAUCAAUCGUACAACGUGGAUCAAGCCGUCUUGGUGCUGGAUGAUGUAUCGCUGCGGGUAUUCUUCCAAGGACCCCAAUCAGCAUCGAGUCCUUGCCUUGCGGAUGAAGCACACGCACUUCGCAGAAGUGCUCAAGCUAGCAACCUUAGCGCAUGAUAGCCAUGUCAAGGGCACUACGGUGGUCGUGCAAUGGGAUCCUGAGCGAGGGCCACGACUCGAAAGGUUUGCUGACCAGCGAAGCAUACAAAUCGGCAUUCCAGGCGUGCUGGUACAGAAAUGGAGCGAUGAGUGGAUUGACAGCAUCCACGAUGUCACUGCUGCUGCUCGCGCCAUGAAAGAGGCACUGGAUGAAGACGAGAAGCUGACGGCCGAGCAGCUUGUGCACAAAGGACUGAUGCCGCAGGAGAGAAGUUACGUAGUGGAUGCAGAGAUCAUCAAGCGGCUGGGCAUGCGUCUCGAUACCGAGAGUGGACGGUCAUGA